CGCGUUUUGAUAUCAGUCUGUCAAGAAAAGUAGGUGUAGGUCCACAGAGCCUGCAGCCUACACCAAGGGAAGAGCCAACCGACCAACAGAGUUUCCACCCCAACAGCAACCAUCUCAGCUGUGGCGAACAGAGGGUAGUCGCCGCACCAACAUGAAGACCCUGAUCCUGGUGCCUUUAGGUGCCUUAUUGCUUUGGGCAAACCUCGCCACAGCAGACCCUAUUCCACCAGUUAAGCGAGACGCCUCGCUCGACUUUGGCGGAUAUGGAGGUGGUGCUGCGGAUCUAGGUGGCGGCUACGGAGGUGGUGCUGCUGAUAUAGGUGGCGGCUACGGAGGUGGUGCUGCUGAUGCAGGUGCCAGUGCAGUUGGUGGCUAUGGAGGCGGUGAUGUUGGCGGGUGGAAGCCUGAGGAGUCUCAUGGCUGGAAACCCGAGGAACAUCAUCACCACGAGCCAGAACCCCAAGGCAUCUGGAAGAAGAAACUCGUCUGGAAGGAUGAGUGGGUGAAGAUUUGGCGCAAGGACAAGAAGCUCAUCUGGAAGCCUGACUGGAAGAAGGUCCAGAAGCCCGUCUGGAAGGAAAUUCAGGUCCCUGUCUGGAAGGAAAUUCAAGUGCCAGUCUGGAAGGAGGUCCAGGUCCCCAUCUGGAAGGAGAUCCAGGUCCCCGUCUGGAAGGAAAUCAAGGUUCCCGUCUGGAAGGAAAUUCAAAUCCCCGUCUGGAAGGAAAUCAAGGUUCCCGUCUGGAAGGAAAUUCAAGUGCCAGUUUGGAAGGAGAUCAAGGUGCCAGUUUGGAAGGAAAUUCAAGUCCCCGUUUGGAAAGAAAUUCAGGUUCCCGUCUGGAAGGAAAUCCAAGUUCCUGAUUGGAAGGAAAUCAAGGUCCCCGUCUGGAAAGAAAUUCAAACACCUGUCUGGAAGGAAAUUCAAGUCCCCAUCUGGAAGGAGGUGAAGACCCCCAUCUGGAAGGAAAUCAAGGUGCCCGUCUGGAAGGAGGUGCAAGUCGAAGACUGGAAGAAGAUCUGGGUUCCCGAAUGGCAGAAGGUUUGGGUUCCUCUGCCCAAGCACCACGAGGUCCAUCACGAAGAACACGGCUGGGAUCGCUCUGGACAUGGCUGGGAAGAGCAGCACCACGACCACCACGAACCUGAAGGAGUUUGGAAGAAGAAGUUGGUCUGGAAGCCCGUCUGGAAGAAAAUCUGGAGGACCGAGAAGAAGCUGGAAUGGAAGGUUGACAAGCAGCUCAUCUGGAAGGUCGACAAGGUCCAGGAAUGGAAGACGGAGAAGAAACUCGAGUACAAGCAUGACAAGGAGCUGAUCUGGAAGGUGGACAAGAAACUGGUCUGGAGGACUGAGAAGAAAUUGGAGUGGAAGACCGAGAAAAAGCAGGAAUGGAAGACCGACAAGGAACUCAUCUGGAAGAUUGAGAAGAAACAGGAGUGGAAGACCGACAAGCAGCUCAUCUGGAAGCAGGAGAAGAAACUUGAAUGGAAGACCGACAAGCAGCUCAUCUGGAAGCAGGACAAGAAGCUUGAAUGGAAGCCAGAGAAGAAGCUGGAGUGGAAGACUGAGAAGAAAUUGGAAUGGAAGACCGAGAAGAAGGAGGAGUGGAAGACGGAGAAGAAACUCGAGUGGAAGGAUGACUGGAAACAGAUCUGGGUGCCCAUCUGGAAGGAGAUCCAGGUUCCUGACUGGAAGAAGGUCUCAAAGCCAGUUUGGGAGAAAGUUUGGAUCCCCAUUCACCACCCUGAGCCCGAGCACCACCAUCACCCAGAGCCCGUGAAAUCCGGCUGGUGGUGAGCCAAUCAGCUGAAUUAGUUAUCAAUUAAAUAAUCCAGUUGACUGACCCCCUUGUAAAUAAUUCCAGUCCCCAACGACGAGUAAAGUAAUGAUAUUUUUCCUCUUUCUUCUCCGAGUACAAACAUAUCCCCCUUCCUUACCAUCCACUUCAACGUGCUUCAUUGUUGUCAACAACGCAGGGCACUCUUGAAUUUUCUAUUAUGGCUUGAAGCAAGUCAAAAGUUAUGUGUUUAUGGAGAAGUGAAGUGCAUCCAGUAUUCAGGGUCCUGUUGCCUGUAAUGAACCAACUUGUAAAACAGAAAAUUACAUAUAAAAAUCACGCAUGCAUGCAACUUUUAUGUUCUGCGAAAUAUUUUUUUAUUUCAAGUUGUACUGAUUAACUUUUUGUACAGUAAAACGAACACUUUUUUAUAAA